CACCGUCAGACGAUUCAGCAUCGAUUGAACCUGAAUUGAACCUCGUCGGCAUAAAAUAUUAAAAAACUUAGCUAACUUUGACGAAUUUUUCAAUUCGGUUUUUCGAGGUUAUUAUUUUUAAAGAAACGCUUCAAUUUUUCGAACACCGUCCAAACAAUUGGCGUUGAACAAAAACAAAAAAGUCGAAAGUCGAAAUAAGGGGACUAAGCCAGCUGAUUUGCCGCUGGUGUUACUCCCCUGAGAUAACAGGGUGGCAGUAUAUAUAGACGACAGAACGGUAAAACAGCUGCAUUUCAAGCUAGCAUUGGGAGCUGCAUUAGCUCUAACUCAGUAUACGGAUUGAUCUACAAUACUGGGAAACUAAUCGGACAAGCAGGUUUCUUGUAUAUUCCGGUACUAUGGCAAAUACCGGGGUAUUACCGUUUGUUCGAGGUGUCGAUUUUAGCUGCAAUGAUUUCGGUGAAUCCAAAUUUCCAGUAUCAGUUCGUCUUAUGACUGGUAUCCAAUGGCUCAAAUUGGACAGAACUAAAUUAGAGGAAAUACCAGAGGAAUUAGGAAAGUUACUCAAAUUGGAACACUUGUCUUUGGUGAAAAAUAAUUUGGAACGACUUUAUGGUGAAUUAACGCAACUCGGCUGCCUCAGAACUCUCAACAUAAGGCAUAAUAAUGUCAAAACAAGUGGUAUACCUGCUGAAUUGUUCCACCUGGAAGAGCUGACUACGUUAGAUCUGAGCCACAACAAUCUGAAGGAAGUACCUGAUGGCCUGGAGAAAGCUCGUUCGUUGCUUAAUCUCAAUCUCAGUCACAAUCACAUAGACACAAUUCCAAAUACGCUUUUCAUUCACCUGACGGAUCUUCUUUUUCUGGACCUGAGCCAUAAUCGACUGGAGACUUUGCCGCCGCAGACUCGACGGCUAGCCAAUUUACAGUCGCUCAAUCUCAAUCACAAUCCACUUGGACAUUUCCAGCUUAGACAAUUACCAUCAUUGAUGAAUCUUACUGAGCUUCAAAUGAGAAAUACUCAACGUACGCUGCAUAAUAUUCCCUCAAGGCUAGAGAGUUUGACGAAUCUUCAAGAAUUGGAUCUAUCACAAAAUGCUCUUCCUCGUGUACCUGAUGCUCUUUACUCUUUACCAAAUUUGCGACGACUCAAUCUCAGCGACAAUCACAUAUCAGAACUUUCAACAGCAAUAGAAAUGUGGCAGAAAUUGGAAACGCUUAACCUCUGUCGAAACAAAUUGACUGCACUGCCAAAUUCCAUAUGCAAGAUAUUAAGUCUGCGCAGGCUGUACGUCAAUGAUAAUAUGUUGGACUUCGAAGGUAUUCCCUCGGGUAUCGGGAAGCUCUCGUCUUUGCAAGUUUUUUCUGCAGCGAAUAAUCAUCUGGAGAUGAUUCCCGAAGGAUUGUGCAGAUGUGGAUCGUUGAAGCAACUAAUACUGACUUGUAAUCGAUUGAUCACGUUGCCAGAUGCGAUUCAUCUACUUACUGAUUUAGAGCGACUCGAUCUGCGAGACAAUCCUAAUUUGAUUAUGCCUCCAAAGCCAACCGAGAUUCAACGAGGAUCGGGCAUCGAGUUUUACAAUAUAGACUUUUCUCUUCAGCAUCAAUUACGACUGGCUGGUGCUAAAGUUCCCGCACUCGCUCAAGCUGCAAACAGCAGUAAAGAUCCGAUUGCACGUAAAAUGAGAUUGCGAAGAAGACGAGAUCAGGAAGAGGCUGAUCAAGAUCAAGCUAAAAUUCUCAAAGGAAUGAAAGACAUUGCUACAGAAAAAAAUAAUAAAGAGAAAAGCUUGGAAGACACCAGAGCUGCCGAGUCCCUAAAACCAAAGAGAUGGGAUGAGACGCUGGAAAAGCCCCCACUUGACUAUUCCGAAAUAUUCGAUCAAGAUGCAGGUCGUGUACCAGGCCUUUCCAUUUGGGAAAUCGAGAAUUUUCUUCCAAAUCAAAUAGAGGAGGUGGCGCAUGGCAAGUUUUACGAGGGUGAUUGUUAUAUCGUUUUGAAAACCGGAGUUGACGAGAGUGGAUCCCUUCUUUGGGCCAUUUACUUUUGGAUCGGAGAAAAAGCUACGCUGGAUAAGCGAGCCUGUGCAGCAAUCCAUGCGGUGAAUUUACGCAACUUCUUAGGCGCCCAGUGUCGAACGAUACGUGAGGAACAAGGAGAUGAGUCGGAUGAAUUUAUAAUGCUCUUUGAUUCUGACAUAACGUACAUCGAAGGGGGUAGGACAUCGUCGGGCUUCUACACAGUCGAAGAUACGCCAGCAAUAACGAGGCUCUUUCGAGUACACGCGGCAGGUGCCUCGAUACACCUAGAACCUGUGCCGGUAUCUGUCAGCAGUCUCGAUCCAGGUUACGUCUUUGUUCUCGAUACGGGCAGCAAAAUAUUCAUGUGGUACGGUACCAGAGCCAAAAACACACUCAAGUCGAAAUCCCGUUUGAUGGCUGAGAAAAUCAAUAAGAAUGAGAGAAAGAAUAAAUCGGAGAUAAUAACCGAAAUCAUGGGGACGGAGUCUGAGGAUUUCUGGUCGUGUUUCGGUUCCAAGGUCGUCACUCCUAAUUCGAUACUUGAUCACGUCGACCCAAACUUCGUACCGAUAGUUCCACGCCUCUAUCAAGUGCGGCUGGGUAUGGGAUACCUCGAAUUACCACAGGUCGAAGUACCAAAUGGGAAGCUCACCAAUAAUCUUCUCAAUAAUCGCAACGUCUACAUACUAGACUGUUACUUGGAUGUUUAUGUAUGGUUUGGGAAGAAAUCAACGCGGUUAGUGCGAGCCGCAGCGGUCAAGCUUUCUCAAGAGUUGUUUAACAUGAUUGAAAGGCCUGAGUAUGCGAUGGUUACGAGGCUGCAGGAAGGCACUGAGUCUCAGAUAUUCAAGUCCAAAUUUACUGGAUGGGACGAAGUGAUUGCGGUCGAUUUCACGAGGACAGCCGAAUCCGUAGCAAAAACGGGGGCUGAUUUGACCAAAUGGGCUAAGCAACAAGAUACGAAGGCCGAUUUAGCUGCUUUGUUUAUGCCACGCCGACCACAAAUGUCAAUUUCGGAGGCCCAACAGCUCAUGUCCGAAUGGAGCGAAGAUCUCGAAGCAAUGGAAGCUUUUGUCUUGGAAAAACGCAAAUUUGUUCGUCUACCACAGGAUGAGCUGGGUCAUUUUUACAGUGGCAACUGUUACGUUUUUCUAUGCAGAUAUUGGAUGCCGUUAGACGUUGCUGAAAACGAUGAAAACAAUGUUACCGGCGCCGCCAAUGAGGAGCAAUACGAGGAUGAUUUCCAAUGCAUCAUGUACUUCUGGCAAGGUCGCGACGCAGGAAACAUGGGCUGGCUCACAUUCACCUUUGGGAUGCAGAAGAAAUUUAAAUCGAUAUUUGGCGAAAAAUUAGAAGUUGUGCGAACGCACCAACAACAGGAAAAUUUAAAGUUCAUGGCACACUUUAAAAGAAAAUUCAUAAUACACCAGGGCAAAAGAAAACAGCCGAAAACAGCUGGUACGAGUAAAGUGGAAUUUUUUCAUUUGAGACGAAACGGCAGCGCGUUAUGUACCAGACUAGUUCAAAUACAACCGGACGCCAGUCUAUUAAACUCGUCAUUUUGUUACAUUCUCAAUGUGCCGUUUAACAAUGACGAUGAGACUGGAAUAGUUUACGUUUGGAUAGGCUCUAAAGCAGAUGGCGAGGAUGCUAGACUCGUUCAGGAAAUUGCUGAGGAAAUGUUCAACAACCCGUGGAUGAGCCUUCAAGUGUUGAAUGAGGGCGAAGAGCCCGAUAAUUUCUUUUGGGUUGGAUUGGGAGGGAAAAAGCCAUACGAUACCGACGCAGAUUACAUGAAUUAUACGCGGCUCUUCAGAUGUUCCAACGAAAAAGGAUACUUUGUCAUUAGUGAAAAGUGUACCGAUUUUUGUCAGGAUGAUUUGGCCGAUGACGAUAUCAUGAUUUUGGACAACGGAGAGCAAGUAUUUUUGUGGCUCGGGGCACGCUGUUCCGAAGUGGAGAUCAAACUUGCUUACAAAUCUGCGCAGGUUUAUAUUCAACAUUUGCGAGUAAAACAACCUGAGAAACCUCGCAAGUUGUUCCUUACUGCGAAAGGCAAAGAAUCGCGACGUUUCACCAAGUGCUUUCAUGGCUGGGGCAUGCAUAAGAAACAGCCGGAGUGAAAUAACCUCUCACCCAUUUUUAUUUGUCACCGAAUGUUGUCAUCGAUAUGGCUUUUUAGAUACACUCCAUUGGUAUUUACUAGGCCAUUUUCCAAGGACAUUGCCAAUCGGCAUAAACAAAUCGUGUUGCCUCAUUUAUUUAUACAAUAACAUUGCCAUAUGCACAAUGAAAGGUUCUUUGAACCAAUAAAAUAAAAAUUACAUUUGUACAUAACAUUGGAACUGAAUAAUCAAACAAUAAAAUAUAAAUACUUAACACUA